AUGGGCGAUGAAAGCGUAUAUUUUUAUACUGAAGUGUCGCCAUCAGGUGAAAAACAAAUAUUUACCAUCGACGCUUCAAAAAUACAAGAGUUCCUGAUGAAUUCUAAUGUACAAACGUCUCUUGAUGGCAAGAAUCUUACUUCCAAUGCCGAGAAAUCAAUCGUAUUGGAACCUGAAGAAUGUAUCGCAAACAAUUUUGACACUCCGGCGAGUUCAAAUUCUUUCACUAUUAGUUCUACAGAGGUAUUUGGAAAGUCAGCUUUAGAAUUUCAUACUGCCAAGGCAAAGUCAGAGAAAAUAGUGAAUUGGUCAACUGCACAAAUAAAACUUUUGAUCGAGAAAAGACUUGCAUUUGAUGACCUUUUUACAGAUCCAAAAUGCAAAAAAACUAAAUAUUGGGAAAAAAUAAGUAAGGAAUUUGCACAACAUGGAUAUCCACACUCUGCCGCUGAUUUACAAGCAAAAUGGAAAAAUCUUAUGGUGACAUAUAACAGAAAUGUGGAUAAGAUGAAAAAGUCUGGAGAAAGUGCAAUUACUUGGGAAUAUUUUGAAUUAAUGCAUGCAGUCUUUAGUCACAAAAAAAGUGUCUGUCCAGCACCAGAAACCUUGGGAUCUACACUUAAAAUCUCAAAUCCAAUUCAUUCUGCAAUGACUUAUAAUGUUAUUGAUGAAAGUCCAUCAGUGAUUCAUAAUGCUGAACUUCUAAAUGAUAGCGAUACAACACAAUGCUCUGAAGAUAUUGAAAAUUCACCUAUCAAUAAAGUAUUUGAUAAUAGUCCAUCUAGCAAAAAGAAACGUAAUAAUAGAUUUUGUCAGGAUAAUGUGCUAAACUUUAAAAAAACGAGGUGGGAAGAAAAAAAGAAAAUAGAACAAAAUAAAAUAGAUGUUCUUAUUUGUGAUAAAUUUUUUUAA